UAACUGAAAAAACAACAAAAAUUUUUAAUAUAUUUAAUGAAUUUAUAUUUUUUUAAAAAUUAAAAACUAUAAUAUUUUUUUUGUAUAUAUACAACAUGUAUAUGAAGUUAUAAGUGGGUCGUAUAGAUAGACAGUCAAACAAACAUAUAAUGUUUGUCCUAAUUGUGACCAUCACUGGCCUGUUAUACGAUGCCAAUGCUGUCGACCUAACCCUAAACAGUAGUACAACAAUAGGAGGCGGCAUAUCAUUUGAAUCGGCACUUGAAAGCCUAAGUAGUAGUAGUGGUAGUAGUGGUGGUACGACAUCGAUGCUGAUACCUGUGCCAAACAUAGACAGUAUAGCCAACAAUAAUAAUAAUACUGAAUAUCGUGUAUAUCUUGUACGGCAACCGCUGGACAAAGAGCUUACAGAUGCCAUCCAGAAGUCUAUUGUAGACGAUGGCGGAGGAGGAGGAGGCGGUGGUGGUGGUCAUCGACUAUACCGGGACAACAUCGGAAGCACCGGUAGUAGUCAGACAACCAACAGCAACAACUCGACGACCACUACCACCACAACAACCACACAGAUAUACAUCAUUGCCAUAAUCGGUGUAUCGCCGGCACUGAUCGGCGCUGUGAUGUGUGGCCUCCGGCAUCUAAAGCGACGCUGUAUUCGCGGUAAGGCUGCUUCGGGAGGCCUUAAAAAAAUCGGUAAAAAAUCGGCGGACAAUCCGCGCAACAAUAAUACCGACAACCCGUUCCUAUUGAUCAACGAUGUCCCCAUCAGACACAUUACCUAUAAGCUGGUCGAACGGGGAACCGAUAAGUUAAUAGCCGAUCCCAACACCAACACCACUGGUAUCAUCACUGGCACUACCAACACUAUGAAUAGCACCGGUAGUAUGGGUGGUGGUGGUGGUGGUGGUAUUACCGAUACGAGUACCGUAUGGUAUAACAGCUAUAAGCCAACAUACCUGAAAAGCCGACGCGUCUAUUCAAUGGAAGUUUCCCGAAAGUGUCUGGAAAUGAUUGAUAUACUCGGUGAGGGCAACUUUGGACAGGUAUGGAAGGCUAGGGUUACGCAAAUAAAAAAUGGCCACAAAAAUGGUCAGACAGUUGCCGUCAAAACUAAUAAAAUCAAUACGGAUGAAACCGAUGCGGAAGAUCUACUGAAAGAGUUGGAUAUUAUGCUUCAAUUGGGUAAUCAUCCAAAUGUUGUCAAACUUUUAGGAUGUUGUACUGAAAAUGUGCCAUAUUUUCUAAUCAUGGAGUUUGUGGCAAAUGGGAAACUAUUAUCAUAUUUACGAAAACAUAGAACCGAUAAAACAUAUUAUAAUUCAAUAAAUAAUAAUAAAUUAUUGACGGAUAAAGAUUUAAUUUUAUUUGCAUAUCAAAUAUGUAAAGGAAUGGAAUUUAUUAGUAGUCAUGGAAUAAUCCAUCGAGACUUAGCCGCACGUAAUAUCCUAAUCGACGACACUAUGAACUGUAAAGUUGCCGAUUUUGGUCUAAGCCGUAGCAUACGGGACAAGGACUGCGAUGUCUAUAAACAGCGCACCGGUAGCCAAAUGCCGGUCCGAUGGAUGUCACCGGAAUCCCUGUCGAUGGGCCUAUUUUCUACCAAAUCCGAUGUCUGGUCGUACGGUAUACUCCUAUGGGAAAUCGUAACACUGGGGUCGACACCCUAUAUAGGCAAGACUGCCCACGAAGUUAUACGUUGGGUUUGUACUGACGGGGGCCGAAUCGAUCGACCCGAACAUUGUGGCGACCAAUUGUCCGAAUUGAUGGCCCGUUGUCUGGAACACGACUGUCCCCGGCGGCUGACGUUCACCGAAAUACGUCAACAGUUGACCAAAAUGUGUGAACAACAGUGCGGUUACGUUGAUUUGCAUCACUUUAAUCAUCAGUUAUAUUAUAAUAUUAAUGAGUCGUCCGGCGAAAAGGUUUAA